UGCCAAGCCUAGUGACAGCUGACAACCGUUCCUCAAAACUUCCUUCCACCGCAGCUUAAAAAAAGUGACAAUUAAACCACAACUUGGUGCUGAAAAGAGAAAUUGUCCAAGCAGACGCAGCAGCCAUGGCAGAAGGCAAGACCGGAGGUGCUGGGCUGUUUGCAAAGCGGGUCCAAAAGCAAUUCAGCCGAGCUCAAGAGAAGGUUUUGCAAAAACUGGGGAAAACUGUUGAAACAAAAGAUGAACAGUUUGAACAAUAUGCAUACAACUUCCAACAGCAGCAGCUUGAAGGUCACAAACUCUAUAAGGAACUGAAGGUUUUCCUCAAUGCUGUCAAAGUGAUGCAUGAAACCUCCAAAAAAUUGUCUGAAACUCUGCAAGAAAUUUACAGUGAGGAGUGGGAAGGAUAUGAAGACUUGAAAGCCAUAGUGCAGAGCAAUGACCUUUUAUGGGAAGACUAUGAAGAGAAACUGGCCGACCAGGCCGUCAGGACCAUGGAGAAUUACUUGACUCAGUUCAGUGAAAUUAAGGAAAGAAUAGCUAAGAGGGGGCGGAAAGUUGUGGAUUAUGAUAGCAGCAGGCAUCACUUGGAAGCUCUCCAGAAUGCCAAAAAGAAGGAUGAAGCUAAAACUGCAAAGGCUGAAGAGGACUUCUACAAAGCUCAAGCUGUGUUUGAGGAACUUAACAAAGAGCUACGAGAGGAGCUGCCAGUCAUUUACAACAGCCGGAUUGCAUGCUAUGUAACAAUAUUCCAGAACAUUUCCAAUCUGAGAGAUAUUUUCUACAAGGAAAUGAGCAAGCUGAACCAUGACCUAUAUGAUGUGAUGAGUAAACUGGAAAAGCAACACUCUGAUAAAGUCUUCAUUAUUAAAGGUGUACCAAGUAAUAGAGGCUCAUUGAUCAUCUCAUCUCCAGUAAGUCCAACCAGCCCUGCUUCCAUUCCUGUGGGGAACAGCAUAAGGGAGACAUUAACAUCCCCCACUGUCAAGACUCCAUACCAAAAAAGAGAAACUGUUCAAGAAACGGAGGCAGUAGCAUCAAUGUCUAGUGGUGCCAAUGAAACAGAGAACUUCACUGUAUCUUCAGUCUCAGAGUUGCAAAAUGAGCGAACUGAAGUGGCUGCAUCGGAAACUCCAACGGUCGGUAACUUCAAAGAUGACAACCAGGUCAUGAUACUGGAGACACCCAUCCAUGUUUCCCAAGACACCCCUCAGGAUGUUGAAGAAGUUGCAGUCAAUAUAGCUGGGAUGAUCUUAUCAAAGGCGCUGUUUGAGGCUGCUGGUAAAGGCCAGAGUGUUUCCAGAGACUCUGAAGCACAGCCCCUUUUGGUUGGUGCCUUUGAAGCCAGUGGUAGCCAUGCCUUGGAUGAAGCCCAGGUUGAUGAAUCAGACGUUCAAGGGGACAGUUUGAUAUCCCAUGAGAACUCAGUUUGUCCUGAAGGCAAUCCCCAAGAUUCUUCAUCUCCCACCCAAGCUGAGAAGGUUGAAGGGAAAGCACUCAAAACCACCAUUGCCGUAUUGCUGAACAGCUCCAAUACUGAAGCUGAACGAGAAACAGGGCCCAUUCAAGACCAGCAACCAAGAAUAGAAGGAGCAAGUGGUCAGGAUGUUGAAACUCAUAAGGAUGUUGAAACUGAUGGAAACAGUGAUGGAAGCAUGGAAGAAACAGAAAUUUCCCCUAAAGCCACCAAUACCCAGAUUAUCUCUAGCUUCUUCUCAAAUGAUAAAAAAGAGGAUUAUGCCAAACUGCCUCUGGGAUUCUUGUUCAAGGCUCAGGCAAUUCAAGCUUAUGCUUCGGAUGAUGAUAACCACCUUCAGUUUGGAAAAGGAGAGACCAUACUAGUGCUUUCAGAUGCCCAGGCCGAGGAAAAGGGAUUCCUGAUGGGUAUAAAGGAGAGUGACUGGAUGGCAAACCAGAAUAUGUUGCAAAAAGGCAUUUUCUCCCCCAGCACCAUCAAAUCUCCCACCUCGGCAUAAUCUCAGAAGUUGAUGCAGAAGCAGAAGGAAGAGUUCAAUAGAUACUUCUCAACAGCUCAAUAAUAAUAUGGUCGAAAUGCUGAUUUUCCAAAGUUUCUUAUUAACACUCUUCUUCCUCACUCAUAUACCCUCUUGUAAAUACACAUGAUACUAUGUAGUUUGCAGUAUUUCUGGUGUGUGCGCCUUUAGGUGUUUUGGAUGUUCCUUAUACUAGAAGACAGCAUCAACACAUUAUCCAAAUUCAGCCUGUCUUUAGUAUCAAGUUACAUUGAUAUCCCUGCAUCCACUAUGAUUCUGUGGUGCAAGGUUUCUAGUUUGCUUGAUAUUACGCUGUCCUUGACAUAAAGCAGAGCUUUCGAAACUUUUCAUGUUGGUGACAUGCUUCUUUGACGUGCAUCCUUUCAUGAUACAGUAAUUCAAUUUUACGAGCAAAACAAAGGUUAAAACAACUCCUUAUAAAAGUUUUGGAAUUUUUUCCUUCUUAUGUACUACAGUUGUGUUGAUUCCUCCACAGGUGCUCCUCUUGUGUUGAUUCCUCUACAGCUGCUCCAUGCUGUUCAUUACAAACAUCACUGUCGAUAGAUUUUCUUUUCUUAUCCAUUUUUAGUGGUCAUUACCGCAACUCAAUGAACAAACUGUGCACAUUAGAAAAGUUAUAACAGUACCUACACUUGAACAGCAGCAGCACUCCAUAUCUGUGGUGGUAUUCAAUCUCAUCAUACAAGGCUAAAAUCAGCAGCAUAUGCUGAUCUAGCUCCGGUCACCCAUGGAGCCAGCCGGCUCCCAUCAGAUGACAUUGUGCCAAUUCUGUGGGUGAAGGAGGGCAGAACCGGCCCUGCCAUGGCAGCAUGGAGGCUUUCCAUGUUGCCAUUAAAUCUAUGGGGGGAAACCAUGCACUAACGCUUCUCCCCAUGAGAUUGCCCUCCCAUGGAUCCUGCAAUGCAAGGCAUGGGGCACCAGAUUCCCCACAGCGAAGUGGAGCGCCUCUGCCUCCUGCCACUGUUCAUCUGAUGAGGUAGUAAACCUCCCUGGCGGUUUAAAAAUAGAAACUGAUGACAGGGUUGUUGUAUGUCUUUCGGGCUGGAUGGCCAUCAUCAAGGGACUGCCAACAUGCUCCCUCCAGAUGGCUGCCAGGCAGCCUUUGUUUGUAGGGUUGGAGAAUGGAAAGUAUUUUUCAUGCAAAGCUCCUAGCAUCCACUACAGGCAGCACACUAAUGUAUCAUGACACACAGUUUGGAAAGCUCUGACAAGAGGAGUAAUUUUAUUUGUAUUCAGAGAUGUUGUUUGUAACCAGAGAUGACUAUAUCCCAAUUCCUCUCCAUUCCACAGGGUGUCUGUUAUGACCACUGUGUCCAUGUUUUACCUUAGAACCAAACACUCCAAAUUAUCCACUGGAACUAUACAACUUCAAACAUCCACAUAUAAACUGUAUUCUUAUCUGA